AUGGAUCACAAAAGAUAUGUUCAAGAAUUUGAUCAGUCUUGGGAAGUUAAUUAUUUCUUCGGUUACAUUUCCGAUCGAACGGUUUGUUUACUUUGCGGUUUUGAACCUUCGGUAGUAAAAAAAUUUGCAAUAGAGAGGCAUUUCAGAAAUCGUCAUGCAGUCGAUUAUUCGAAUUACUCACAUUCAGAAAAGUUAAGUGUUAUCGAAGGAUUAAAGUCCUGUACGUAUUUCUCUUUAUGCUUGGAUGAGAGCACCGAUAUUCGACAUAUGAGCCAACUGAGUAUUUUUAUUCGAAUCGUGCAAGACGAUUUCUCAUAUGUCGAGGAGCUGUUAGAUUUCGUCUCAUUACAUGACACAACAACUGGUCUUGAUAUUUUUUUAGCAGUUGAUGACUCGCUUAAAAAAUUUGACAUAGACUUCAGUAAAUGUUCUUCGGUUACAACCGAUGGCGCAAAAGCUAUGACAGGUUCGAAGAUAGGAUUCGCCGGUCAAUUAAAGCAGCGAAACAUUAACAUCCCUAUUAUUCACUGCAUAAUUCAUCAGGAAGCACUAAGUGGCAAAGUUAUUAAACUGUCAACAGCUAUGGAGACUGUAACUAAAAUCAUAAAUAUAAUUAAAGGUGGACAGAACUUCCUUAGUCAUCGGAAAUUUCAAUCAUUUCUCCAUGAACAUAAUGCUAUCCACACAGAUGUCCCACUUCAUUGUCCAGUACGUUGGCUUAGUGCUGCAAAAUGUUUGGAAAUAUUUUUUUCAAUAAGAAAAGAGAUCCUCCUUUUCAUUCAAGAAAAAAACAAUCCAAAAUUUCAGGAAUAUAUAUCUCUUUUAGAAAAUAUAACAUUUCUUUCCGAACUUGCCUUCAUUACUGACAUGACUAAUCAACUUAGGCUUCUUAAUUUAAAGCUGCAAAAACCAACUCAAAAUAUUUCCCAAUUAGUUAGUCAUGUUGAUUCUUUCCGAAGCAAAUUACAGUUAUUUAAAUCUGAUUUAAAUAACAACAUUUUUCAUUAUUUUCCUUCUUGCCAGAUUCUUUUCGAAGAACACGGCAGUAGCUGUAAUUUCAAAGAAAAUAUUCAUUUCGUAGAUUCUGUUAUAGAAGAAUUCGAUACGCGUUUCACCUGCUUCGAAAAACUUCGAACAGAAUUAAUUCUUUUCGAGAAUCCUCUUACAGCGCCAAUCGCAGAACAGCAGAUUAAUUUACGGGAUGAAUUAUGUGACCUACAAAAUGAUAUUUCUCUGAAAACGGUUCAAGAAACCGGUGCAGAAUUUUAUAACGUUUUAUCAAAAUCAACCUACCCCAAGCUUCGAGAUUUCGGACUCCGAAUUUAUUCUAUGUUCGGAUCCACAUAUUUAUGUGAGACUUCUUUCUCGAAAAUGAAGUUUAUUAAAAAUGAAAAACGUUCUUGUUUAAGCGACAAUUCUUUACCGCGUCUUAUGCGUCUUGCUACGUGCAAUAUGCAGAUCGACGUUCCUGCUGUCGCUUGUAAAAAAGCCCGAAAGUCGUGA